UUUGAUUGGUUUGUUGACCUCAGUCUGCUCACAUUGGCCACUCUUUGCCCGUUGCUUACAACUUGUGAGUUUCCAAUGAGAAUCGGCAGCAAGUCGUUCGAAAGCUAAACUUCUGGAGAGGCAGAUUUGUUUAGGGCUGCGGGUGGCGAAAAGAGGGUGAAGCAAAAAGCGCAGCAACCACCUCUCCCUUUGCCCGCCGCACAGCGAGCUGUAUGAAUCCCUGUAACACGGCGAGAAAUGCUGCGGAAUCUCGCAGCGGUGGUGGACGGUGCCCAGGAGCCAGGUGAGUCUCUCGCCGCCGCCGCUGCCAGGCAACCGGGCAACACCGUGGAGUCAGGCGCUGCGGCGGGGAGCUAAGGGCAGGGUCCUGAGAGAGCGCGAGCCGCUGCCAUGGCGCCGCGCUAAGGCCCUCAGCCCGGGCUCCGCGAGCAGGGCCGGACCAACUCCCUCACCCCGGCCGGCUACUCCUCUCCUCGGAGCUGGGCCCAAGGGAAUGCGGCCAUCGAGCACCAACACUCCGCACUAUGGAGGAUGGAGGCACCUAGCAUCUACAGGCACUCUUAUGCUGUCACGCAGGACCAAUGGACAGUAAUCAGAAAUGAGAACCCAGUGCCAAAUCCUCACCUGCACGAACUGUGGAGCUGAAUGAAGAUGAGAAGGAUCAGGCCCCGAUUACUAUGAAUACUUUACAUAUGAUGAAAGCCUUCAAAGUUAUGAAUGAGCUCCGAAGGAGGUUUCUGCCAUCUUACCGGUCGGUCUGUUGAACCAUCAUUAAACACCUUCUGCGGCAACUUUAUCUUUCCUUGGGUAAGGAAUCUAAAACCUGAGUCAGACUGGUAAAGUAAUGAUUUUGCAAUAAAAGCACACUGUGUGAUGUGACCAUUGUUGCUGAGGAUGUGGAAAUUGAAGCACAUCGUAUUGUCCUGGCAGCCUGCAGUCCUUAUUUCUGUGCCAUGUUUACAGGAGACAUGGCUGAAAGUAAAGCAAAGAAAGUCGAGAUAAAAGAUAUAGAUGGACACACACUAAGUAAACUAAUUGAUUAUAUAUACACUGCUGAAGUAGAAGUCAAUGAAGAGAAUGUGCAGGUGCUUUUACCUGCAGCCAGUCUAUUGCAGCUAAUGGAUGUAAGAACUGCUUGUUGUGAUUUUCUGCAAUCCCAGUUGCAUCCAACCAACUGUCUAGGAAUUCGAGCAUUUGCAGAUGUUCAUACGUGUACAGAGCUGCUGGAUGAGGCCAAUGCAUAUGCAGAGCAACAUUUUCCUGAUGUUAUGCUAGGUGAAGAAUUUCUUAGUCUGAAUCUGGAUCAAGUAUGCAGUUUGAUAUCAAGUGAUAAGCUCACAGUAGCUUCAGAAGAAAAGGUAUUUGAAGCAGUUAUCUCUUGGAUAAAGUAUGACAAAGAAACUCGCCUGGACCACAUGGCAAAACUAAUGGAAAAUGUUCGCCUUCCACUACUUCCACGGGAUUAUCUUGUCCAGACUGUAGAAGAGGAGGCUUUGAUAAAGAAUAAUAAUACAUGCAAAGAUUUCCUAAUUGAAGCCAUGAAAUACCAUUUACUUCCUCUUGAUCAACGAGCUGCGAUAAAGACAGCGCGCACAAGACCAAGGACCCCAAUCAGUCUACCCAAGGUAAUGAUAGUGGUUGGUGGUCAGGCACCUAAAGCUAUACGAAGCGUGGAGUGCUACGACUUUAAAGACGAUCGUUGGAAUCAAGUAGCAGAGCUUCCUUCCAGAAGGUGCAGAGCAGGUGUUGUAUAUAUGAGUGGCCGUGUUUAUGCAGUGGGAGGAUUCAAUGGGUCACUGAGAGUCCGGACUGUGGAUGUGUAUGAUGCAGUCAAGGACAACUGGACAUCCAUUGCCAGUAUGCAAGAGAGACGAAGUACUCUUGGAGCAGCAGUGUUAAAUGAUUUACUCUAUGCUGUUGGUGGAUUUGAUGGGAGUACAGUAGGAUUAUCAUCAGUGGAGGCGUAUAAUUACAAAAUCAAUGAAUGGUUUUUUGUGGCACCCAUGAACACAAGAAGAAGUAGUGUUGGUGUUGGAGUUGUGGAAGGCAGAUUGUAUGCAGUAGGUGGCUACGAUGGAGCAUCACGCCAAUGUCUUAGCACUGUUGAAGCAUAUAAUCCAGUCAGCAACGAAUGGACAUACGUUUCAGACAUGAGUACACGUCGUAGUGGUGCAGGGGUAGGCGUUCUAAAUGGUCAGUUGUAUGCAACUGGGGGUCACGAUGGACCUUUGGUGAGGAAAAGUGUCGAGGUGUAUGACCCAUCCACAAACGUUUGGAGGCAAGUGGCAGACAUGAAUAUGUGUCGGAGGAAUGCAGGAGUUUGUGCUGUAAAUGGAUUUUUGUAUGUAAUUGGAGGAGAUGAUGGUUCAUCAAAUUUAGCUUCUGUGGAAUUCUACAAUUCUAUAACUGACAAGUGGACACUAUUACCAACCAAUAUGAGUACUGGAAGAAGCUACGCAGGUAAAGCUGUUGCAGGUGUUGCGGUUAUUGAUAAACCACUAUGACUCUGCACUUCAGCCGCAGUUGGAUUGAAGUGAAAACUGAUUCACAUUUCACUGAAGACUCAUCCAGGUUUUAUCUGAACUAUUUAUAUUACUUGGAUGCAUGGUAUUCUGUGUGAAGCACAGUUACCCUAUCAAAAAGAUACCAGCGCGAUGUUUUUAAAAGCAGAAUCGAGCACGAAUCAAAGGAUAUAUCAAGAUAUAAAACAUGUUCUCUAUUAGCACUACAGGUGAUACUAUAAAAUUGUGCAACAAGCACAUGCUGUCAGUUUGCUCUUGCCAAGUGAUCUGGAAUGUCCAAUGUUGACAAUUGUCAGCCUUCAAUAGAGACCGACUAACUGGAGAAUGUGAAUUUUCUGCUGUUACAUGUGAGUUCUACACAUUAUCAAUGCUGAACGUCAAGCUGCUGCCUUUAAAGCACAACUAUUUGGAUCGGAUGAAGCACUGUAUUACCAUAUCAAUCAUUUUAUAAGGGAGACAAACCCAACAUUUUAACCUUGGAGGAGCAUAAAACAUACUUGCCAUAAUGAUUUGUUUAUAUUGAGAUGAGUUGUUACUGGUAUUUCAAAUAAUGUGCAACACCUCUCUCCUCCCUCUGAUUUUUAAGAUUGCACCCUCAAAUUUGAGAGGUGAGCUAACGAAGGGUAUAACAUUUCUGUUGUGAGUUGCCCCUUUGGUUGCCAGAAAACUUUAUGGCAGCCUUCAAGUUUUAGGAGCAUGCUAUUGCCAAUACAGAAAUUCUUUGGACACCAGACCCCUUUUGUAACGAUGUUAUGCUACAUAGUUUGCCAAUCCAAAAUGGACUAGAAUUGUCACAGAGUGAUGACAUUAAUUAACAUUGAUUGUAAUCAGCAGUAUUUUUUUUAAAAAAACUUUGGCCACUGAUGAUGUGGAGGUGGUUACAGGCAAGCUAGGAUGUCAUACCUGCCCCUCCAGUUGAUCUAGAGGAGGUGGAAUUAGAUGGUUUAAUGGUACAGUAGGCAAAUUAUAUCAGUGAGAAAGACCAAUUUAAAGUAAAUUGAAUAAAAUUCUAAAAAUAUUUGCCUUUGAACUCAAAUUUCCAUUGUGCAGCCUUUCAAAGUUUCUGGUAAAUUGUUUGACUAUUUUUUAAUGAAUGCUGCCACCUACGGAAAUUUCUGACAAAAAUGCUAAAAACACUUUUGUUUUCAAAAACAAAAUUUACAAUAUUUUAAUACUAAGUGUAUUCAAAUUAAUUUUGGCUACAGAUAGUUUGCUUUUAUAUCUGUUGAUACUUUUGGAGCAGUGUAAGUUCAAGGUUCUGAGGUUGUAUUGUAUUCCUGAUGUGAGUAGAAUUUUUAAUCUGUAACAUACUAUUUAAUAAGAUUAUAAAUGUGGUAAAUGGUUAGUAACUAAGGGGUUACAGCUUUAUUUGUUUCAUGUUUCUAUUCCUAUGUGUGACAUCAUCUUAAAAACAGAUUUUCAUACUAUUUCCUUUUAACUUUUUGAAUUUCUUUAAUUUUCAUUUUCGUCUUUACUGUUUUCUUUCUCUGCUUACAAACUUUUUAAAAAUUUUGUACUUUUAAGGUUGCUCAUUUCUCCUGUCUAAUAAAUUGCCACAUACUCUCGUUUUUACUGUAUUUGCCUCUGGUUUCCAUUUUCUUCCAUGCUUAAUGAUUCUUCAGACUCUUAGCAUUGAAAUAUAUGAACUUUUUAUUUUCUUUGUGUCUGUAUUCAGAGCAAUUUGACACUUAUACAGAAGGGUUUGAGACCUAGAGAUGCUUGUAAUCUUGUAUUUAAAUAUUUCUUACAUCCAAUCCAUCUCUUUCCUUACUUUGUCAUUUUUAAGCAUUUUCUUUCCAUUAUUUAAUUUAUGAUUUUUUUUCUCAUUUGCUGUGUUUUUCUUUUGAAUCUUGUUUUACCUCUUUCUAUGUAGCUAAUAAACACUGCUAGUAGGGCUUAUUAAAUUGAUGGUAAUGCUCCACCAUUUUAAUAAUCUGGUAAAUAUUGUUCAUGUCUUAAAAACAAUACCUAGCAGGAUGAGGGAACAAUAUGGAAAAUAUAAUAUGGAAUAGGAAAUGAAUGAAAUGUUAAGCUUGGGACCCUUUGGGGAGCCAUGACAGGGGACUUGGAAGUCAAAUUAAUUGCUAAUGCAAAAAUGUUUAUACCCGACCUUUCAAAUUAAUCUGUUUAUUGUAUAUAUAUUUGAACUACAAGAGGUGAAAGAAUUACAGAAAUUUAGUUUUCUUUGCAUACAAAUGUUUGAUUAUGGUUCAGUUGCUCUUUUACAUAACUUGGUUGAUUUGAAUGUUUUCGGCAAUUUAAUGGCAAACAAAUGUAAUUCAAUACAAAUAGUGUUUGGUGCACACUGAUUAUCAGCAAAUGUUAUUGAAUUCAAUAAUAGUUGCGCUUCUUAUGUCAAACAUAAGUUACUGCUUUAAUUUAUGGAAGUUAUUAAGUUCAAUUCUUAAGCUAUUCCACCCUAAGCAGUGUUACAAAAUAAUUCUUCAUCCAUAAUAGUUAGUGUCAUAAGACAUAAUUAAAUUGUAAUUCUGUAACUCUGUCUUCAUUAAUAUGUAAUGGACAACCAAAUCAGAUGAAAAAGGUCAUACUAUAGUGACAGAGUAUGGUGUCAGGGAUUAAUGUACCAUUGCACUCUGCUGUCAUUUGAAACAGUGUUUGAAAUCUUUGUUUUAUGUUAUGAUUUAUUUUAAAUGUUCCUGUCAUAUCGAUGGAGCACAAGACUGUGAAGCACUCCUGACUGUAUUUUAUUUUUUUCAUCCUGUCAAUAAAAUGAUGGAAUUAAUUUGAACAUUC